AUGAAAUUUUUACCAGUUUCCACCCGUGAACAAGUUCAAUGUGUAGCAGUAUGUGUAAAUGCUUCACAUCCAUUGACGUACUAUGUUGUGAGAAACGGCAGAACAUGUAUUACAAUAAAUUGUGUCAAAAAUCAUUACAAUCAUACAUUGUACGUUUCAUCGACAAUAAUAACAAUGCCGACAAAUGAAGAAGAAAAUAGUGAAUUGUAUAAUUUAAAUAGUUUUUCAACGAUAAUUACAAAAGCACUCCCAAUAUCAACAAAUGGUGAAAUAUCGUUUUUAAACAUAUCACCAUCAGAAAUUCGUUUAACAAAUCAAUCAGCAGUCACAUUAUCAUGGAAAAUUGUUGAUGAAACAUCGGUCAGUGAUACAAUUGGCAUAUUUAAUACUGAGAAUUUAAAUUUAUCUGAUGCUAUUGAUCAUAUAUUUCAAAAUCUAAAUGCAAUCAAGAUUGGACAAUAUCAUUGGCAUUUUAAUACCAUACGAGAAAAGCUUUUACAAUACAAUACAGUUAUAUUUCAAUAUUUUAACGCAAGUACGGGAGAAAUUAAAGUGCAAUCUAAACCUAUUCCAAUAAUAAAUGAACUGAUACAGACAGGAAUAAAUACAACGUUAAUCAACGAUAUUUCUCAUCCAAUUCCUUUAAAAAUUUAUGAUUUACAUGCAACAAAUCUUCGUCGAGGUGUAUUAUUUAAACCUGAUCCCUACAUCAAAGUUUCAUUGAUUGCUGGUCGCUCGAGUAAAAUGAGAACGUCUCAUUACAAUCAAGAGUGUCGUACAAAUGUGAUAUCUAAUACUUGUCAACCAAAAUGGUAUAAUCAAUCAUUUUUAUUUCAAACAUACGGCACAGAUCUAUUCGAAUUUGAAGUAAAAGAUAAAUUUGUCAAAACACGUCCAACAGUGAAUCGAUUUUUAGGCAAGUUAACUGUUCCUGUUGGCUUUAUUUUUGAUAAAUUGAAUAAAAAUUCAUCAACAUUUGUGUUUAAUUUACAACGACGAAAUUUUUCCGAUCAUGUUAGUGGACAAUUAAUGUUCAAUGUUGCGUUUGUACAUGAUAUUCCAGUACCAACAACCACAAAUAUAACAUCACUCAGUAUUAUCAGUCCUAUGGUGGAUCAAGUAGAAGAACAAAAUGAAAUUAGUAAUGAUGAUUCAGUCAAUAUGUUAAAUGAAUCGGAAGAACCUAGUGUUAUUAAUGAAAACGAUGUCAUUGACGAUAAUCAAAUUGUCGUAGAUUCAAAUUCAGAUGAUAUCAACAGCACUUCAGAUAGUUUAAUAAUAUUGCCAUCUCGACCAUCUCCUAUCGUUAAAGAUCUUUCAUCAUCCGUAUCACCAUCUAUUUUGAAGGGAACACUUCCUCAAUCUACAUUGUCAUUAAAUUCAAAUACCAUGAGUUUAUCUGCGACAACACCAUUUCUUCAUACAAUGAAUGAUGAACAAUUUUCGUAUGAAAAAUCACUGAGACCAGAAUCAUUUGAUAACGAUCAACAAUUCAUAUCGUCUCAUUCUAUUGACGAACGUACACCAUCCUUAACAGAUAAUGUUUUACAUGACUUUAAUACCAACACCCAUUUACAUUCAAUACGAAGACAAAGACAACAUACUGAUGAUCAUCUUUCUCAACAUAGAGAAGAACAAAAUGAAGAGAAUAGAAAGCAACUAAAUAAUGAUAUCAAUACUACUAUUACUACUAUUACUGCUACUACUAGUAAUGGCAACAGUAUCAAACAAGACCUUGACGAUUGUUUUAAGAGAAUAAAAAGACGAAAGAAGACGAAUGAAGUGUUAGAAGAAACAGGAUUAAAUCAAAAUGGAAGUAGUCAAUCCGAUUUUAUACAUAAUAAAACAUCCCUAAAACUUUGUCGUUCAGAAACAGUAUUAAAACAACAACAACAACAACAACUUGAGUCAACGUAUAUGAUUAUAAAAAAUGAAAAUCAAUCAUUGACAUCGAAUAAAACUAAUCCAAUUUUAACAACUCCCUAUCGUACAUUACAAUUUCCCGUAAAUCAUUAUCCAUUAUCACAACAACAGUCUGAUGAUAAAAAAGUUAUUAAUAAUCAAAUUAUAUCAGGAAAUAAACGAUCUAUCGGUGCUGUCGGUGGUUCAGAAUCAAAUUUAUUCAAAACAAAAGCAGUGAUUUGUGUUAAUAAUACCAAUAAUAAUACAUUUACUGAUGAAACUGUUCGAUCCAUAUCGCGUGAGUUGCGUGAAGUAGCGAAAGAACUACAACGAUUACACGGACGCCAAGACCCAUCCACCUCUGCUAAUGAAAGAGAUUCCAUUUCUCCAGAACAAACAAGAGUUCUCAUAACAAAAGAACUUCAGGAAUGGCAUAAGCGACAAUGCCAGCGUAUCGAAAAACGUAUUCCACUGAAAGAUUGUAAUAGUGUUCAACCGAUUGUAGCAGCAACAGUUGAUCAAUCAAACGUACAAGUAACUAAUAUUGAGCAAACAAAUGUCAGCACUUACGAAGUUCAACAACCGCAAGCGAACUCCAUAUCUACACACAGAAACUCAGACCGACAGUCACCUGCGCCAAUAUUACCUCCAAAAAAGCCUGAUCAUCAAAUACCAUCAGGAAAUGAAAACAAUGCAUCAGUGCUAUUGUUGCCUGAAUUGAACAGUAAUAAUAAUUCCACAACGACGUCGACUGUUUCUUCAUUUAUCGUUGAAUCAAAUUCAACGAGUAAGACAACGAAUUCACAACUUCCAUUAUCAUUAAGACAUUCAAACAGUAACAAUCGUACGAAGUCCACAACUGCUAGAUUGAACGAUUCUUCAUUUAUGACUCCGUUGCCUAAAUUUUCUGAAACACAGCAACCCUUGACAGCUCAAUCUUCUGUUCAAUUACAGACUGGUAAUAAUGGAGAAUCAACAGAUACAUCUGAAGUUUCACUUCCUGCCGGAUGGGAGGCGCGAACAGAUCAGUUUGGACGUUGUUACUAUAUCGAUCAUGUCAUGAAGACUACUACAUGGCAGCGUCCUCAAAAUAUACCACCACCAUCAGUACCGUUAUCUAAAACUAUAUCACAAAUUCAUGCCGUCAAAAACAAUCCUACGAUUCAUCAUAUUGAUCGUGAAAGAAUGGAUAAACGUUAUCAGAGCAUACGACGUACUGUAAAUCGAACAUCAUCACCUACGAUAAAAACGCAAGAAAAUGAACGUACUGAUGAUAUCUCUCUAGUUGAUUCUUUUUCAUCGUCAGCAUCGUCUUCUUCAACAACAACAGCAGUAGAUGAAUCUUUUCCAGCGUUAAAAUUUCUUUGUCGUCAAGAUUUUUAUAGUUUUAUUAAGACACGUACAGAAGCUAAACAAAUGAUACAAUCAACAUCAUUAGCCGAUAUUUUGCAAAGAAUAAGAACGGAUCCAAAUAUGUUUAAAAAAUAUCAACACAACAAAGAAUUGGUACGAUUUCUAAAUUUAUUUGCCGAUCCCAGUAAGUCAUUACCAUCUGGAUGGGAAUAUAAGAUCGACGAUAGUGGAAAAAUAUUUUUCGUUGAUCAUGCAGCACGCAGUACAACGUACAUAGAUCCUCGUUUGCCGACAGAGUCUAGUAUAAAUAUGCCACAGUCUCUAAGUAACACAUCGGAAGUUGUUCGUCUACAAGAUCAACAACAAACAUUACAAGCGUGUGCUUCUGCCAGUAAUAUUUCACGUCCAUCUAAACGACGUGAACAACAAAUGCCAAUGUCUUAUAAUGAAAAAGUAGUUGCCUAUCUUCGACAACCAAAUAUAUUCGACUUACUCAAAGCUAAUCAGCUUGUACCAUUUACAUCAAAAUUACGUGAUAAAGUGCAAUUAAUUCGAAAUGAUGGCAUACGUGCCCUCGAUAAUCUAUCAAACGCAAUUGAUCUUAGUUUAUUAAUUAGUGUAUUUCAUGAAGACAUUAUGUCUUAUGUCGUACCAUCUCCAAUAUCUUCUUCUCAAUCGUCGUUUACAUUUGAUCAUCAUUCAACAUCGACAAACACAUCUAUAAAUACAUCAACAUUUAUUGUUGAACAUUCUCCACGUCUAACUUCAGCAAGAGCAAAUUCUCGUACACGUAAUAAUCAUCGAUCACAGACACAACAGAAUCUUAUUGAAAAAUCUAUAUCACAUAAACGUCCAUUAUUAGCUGAACAUCAUCAACCUCGUCGUCAAUGUUUUCAACAAAAAUUACGUACAUUUUAUAAAAAAUUAGAAAGUAAAGGUUACGGUCAAGGUCCAACAAAAACUAAAGUUGUUAUUAACAGAAAUGAUUUAUUGAGUGAUGCAUUUAAUAAAUUUAUGAAUCAAUUAAAUAAGAAAGAUUUACAACGAAAUAAACUAUUUAUUACAUUUCAAAAUGAAGAAGGCCUUGAUUAUGGUGGCCCAUCGAGAGAAUUCUUUCUCUUAAUGUCCAGGCAAUUUUUUAAUCCAUAUUAUGGGUUUUUUGAAUAUUCCGCGUCAGAUCAGUACACAUUACAAAUAAGUCCAAUGUCGGUAUUCAAUGAUAAUUAUAAAGAAUGGCUACGAUUUGGUGGACGAAUGUUAGCUGUUGCACUCAUCAAUCAAUAUUUAGUCGAUGCUUUUCUUUCUCGUCCAUUGUAUAAAGCAUUGUUACGUGAUAAUCAACAUUUUACCUUGUCAGAUUUACAAUCUUUAGAUCCUGAAUUUCAUCAAUCACUAUUAUGGAUUAAAGACAAUAGUGUUGUUGAUAUGGAUUUAUAUUUUUAUGUUAAUGAGGAAUAUUGUGGUAAAAUUAUUGAAAAAGAAUUAAAAUUAGAUGGUAAAAAUAUUUUAGUAACAGAAAAAAAUAAGAAAGAAUUUUUAGAUUUAAUUGUUGAAUGGCGAGUAAAACGUGGUGUACAAGAACAAACAGAAUAUUUUGUUAAAGGUUUUUAUGAGAUAAUUGGUGAUUAUAAAUUAAUACAAAAUAUGUUUGAUGCAAGAGAAUUAGAAUUGGCAUUAUGUGGAACAAUGGAAAUUGAUAUACAAGAUUGGAAACAAUAUACAGAAUAUAGAGGUGGAUAUCAUCUUCAACAUCAUGUUAUCGACUGGUUUUGGUUAUGUGUUGAAAAACGUUUUGAUAAUGAACAACGAUUAAAAUUAUUACAAUUUGUUACCGGUACAUCAUCAAUUCCUUAUGAAGGUUUUCAAGCAUUGAGAGGAAGUAAUGGGCCAAGAAGAUUUUGUAUUGAACGUUGGGGUGUAGCGGAGAGUUUACCACGUUCACAUACGUGUUUCAAUCGUCUAGAUCUACCACCGUAUACAUCGUACGAUAUGUUGUACAGUAAACUGGUUAUUGCUAUUGAAGAAACAAGUGGAUUUGGAAUUCAAUGA